UGUUUUACAUGGACAUGACUGUGUCAACAAACUUUACAUACACUAACACACACACACACACACACACACAGAGACAUAUAGAUAUACAGUGUGUGUGUGUGUGUGUGUGUUAGUGUAUGUGUGUGUGCUGUGAAGAGUGGAAAAUCAGAAGAUGUUCUGGAAACAUCUGCUGAGCUGAUCAGUGUUGGACACUAAGGUGAAGAGGACGCACACACACACACACACACACACACUCACACACUUUAUUUAACCAGGUUAAAUCAAAGCUUUGUUUGUUUGUUUGUUUGUUUGUUUGUUUGUUUGUUUGUUUGUUGUAGCAGCUCAGAUGGCAGAGCUCUUAUUGGACGAAGCCCAGCUGGACGUCGUCCACAGUUACUGUGCGUCCAUGGGCUGGGCUGAGGUGUUGACGGUCACUGACUCGGUGGUCCUGACCACUGGUCUGUUGGCCAACACUGCCCUGCUGUGUCUGUUCAUCAGAGACAGGAAGUCCCUGUCUGCCUCCACGGUUCUGGGGUUGAAUCUCGUGGUCAUGAACUUCAUUUACCUGGGAACGUUGUUCUUUAACGUAACGGUCGCUCAACAUCAGGGAACGCUGAACGGACGCAACAGUUCAGGAAUGACAUCAUCACACCCUCCAGCAGAUGGCGCCAUAGACAGCAGGUAUAACAGGAGGUUAAUGGAGACCUUCAGCAUGUUUAACGCAAUAGGCUGCCCCCUGCUGUUGACCUGCAUGUGUGUGGAGCGUUACCUGGCCGUGGCGAGGCCGGUGCUGUACCUGAGGGUGAAGAGGUGGGAGAACCGCACCGUGGUGUCGGCGCUGGUGUGGGGCAUUACUGUCGCCUUCUGCCUGGGGACAUUCUUCUGUAGAAACGUGAGGGUCUUGAUGACAGCCGUGUCGGCCAUCAUCUCCGGCCUCUUCAUCGUCAUGCUCCUCUGUCUGGGAGGAGUCGUCCACUCACUGCUGAGGCCCGGCCCCGCCCACGGAUGCGCCCCCUCCCUGCUGAGUCCCGGCCCCGCCCACGCGGCCGGCCCCGCCCACGCAGCCGGCCGCGGCGAGGCGGGCCUGAAGAGACGGGCCGUGUGUAACGUGAUGAUGGUGGUGGUUCCUGCCGUGGUCACUUACUCACCCAUCCUGGUCAGCAUUCCCCUAGAACUGUCCUUUGAGCGCAGCCCGGUGGUGGUGGCCUGCAUGUGCGGCGUGUGGGAGACCGCCAACAUCUUCCCCAUGUUUGGGGUCUUCAUCGGACCACUCUUCUAUUUCUCUAAGGCAAAACAAAUGUGCUGCCGUGACAGAAAGGUCAAAAUGUGA